AUGAAGAUGUUAUUGUUUUUAAACGAGGCAUGCAUCUUUAUAGAUUCCGUAUGCGAAGGUAUUGUUUUCUGGGGCCUUUGUCUAUUCGUAUGCGCAGAAUGUGGGAAUGCCUAUUAUAGGGGUGCCAGAGUGCCUUAUAAAACCCUUUUCCGUGCCUUUGAAGUUUCCGUUUUCGGUCAAAAAGAAUAUCCGAAUUUUAGAUUUGGACCCUCGUACAGAUUCUUAUGUUUAAGCCCAUAUUCAAUUUGCUGUAAACAGCCUCCAAUGGAAGAGGUAAUACUAUAUUAUCCCUCUCCUGAUAGUUUAAUUAAAAAUAGAAAACGUGUAUUGGGAGUCGCUUAUUUGUAG